UUUUCAGCUCCCGUCUCUGAUAUAACUCUCCACCUUCGUCCUCAAUAUCAAUAUGGAACAGAUGAUUUCAUCAACUGUAGCGCAAAGACAAUGGAACCAUCAACAACUACUCUGUCCCUGGAAGUUUGUCAUUCUGAUUCUACUUUUAUUCCCAUCGAGAAAUAUAAUAUAUCCUCUGUUGUCUUCAAUGAGACUAGUCUGAAAAACGAAAAUUGUUCUCAGGAAAUGCUGCUUGGUCACCGUGUUCUCUUCAAUAAUCAAAUGAACGUCUCCUUGCGAUGUACAGUUCAUGGUUCUGAUAUGAACACACCAUUGUCUACAGAUUGUGAGAUUCCCGACAUUUCAACUGCAUUGGUGGUUGCUGUAAUGGAUACUUCGAGCCAUGUCAUUAUGAUACAAACAACGAUAGAAUUGUUGUGUCAUUUCAAUGUGAGCAGUUUUGAAUGGGAGGCUGUUCGGUUAGACUUUCAAAACGAAUCUUUAAUCUCUCAAACAAUCGUAAGCGUCACAAACAGCAGCAAAACCUCGAAUGAAAAUCGAAUAAAUGCGUCUUUGAGUGUAGAUUCGUAUUUCGUGAAUGUUUCCUUUGUCUUGGAUUUUGCAACUUCGAAGGAUGCUUGCUCUCUGUCCGGGAUGUACACAUGCUCCAUAGAUAUGGUAGACAAACACAUCGCUACAGAAAGCGCGAGCACAGUUUUGAACUUUUCAGCUCCCGUCUCUGAUAUAACUCUCCACCUUCGUCCUCAAUAUCAAUAUGGAACAGAUGAUUUCAUCAACUGUAGCGCAAAGACAAUGGAACCAUCAACAACUACUCUGUCCCUGGAAGUUUGUCAUUCUGAUUCUACUUUUAUUCCCAUCGAGAAAUAUAAUAUAUCCUCUGUUGUCUUCAAUGAGACUAGUCUGAAAAACGAAAAUUGUUCUCAGGAAAUGCUGCUUGGUCACCGUGUUCUCUUCAAUAAUCAAAUGAACGUCUCCUUGCGAUGUACAGUUCAUGGUUCUGAUAUGAACACACCAUUGUCUACAGAUUGUGAGAUUCCCGACAUUUCAACUGCAUUGGUGGUUGCUGUAAUGGAUACUUCGAGCCAUGUCAUUAUGAUACAAACAACGAUAGAAUUGUUGUGUCAUUUCAAUGUGAGCAGUUUUGAAUGGGAGGCUGUUCGGUUAGACUUUCAAAACGAAUCUUUAAUCUCUCAAACAAUCGUAAGCGUCACAAACAGCAGCAAAACCUCGAAUGAAAAUCGAAUAAAUGCGUCUUUGAGUGUAGAUUCGUAUUUCGUGAAUGUUUCCUUUGUCUUGGAUUUUGCAACUUCGAAGGAUGCUUGCUCUCUGUCCGGGAUGUACACAUGCUCCAUAGAUAUGGUAGACAAACACAUCGCUACAGAAAGCGCGAGCACAGUUUUGAACUUUUCAGCUCCCGUCUCUGAUAUAACUCUCCACCUUCGUCCUCAAUAUCAAUAUGGAACAGAUGAUUUCAUCAACUGUAGCGCAAAGACAAUGGAACCAUCAACAACUACUCUGUCCCUGGAAGUUUGUCAUUCUGAUUCUACUUUUAUUCCCAUCGAGAAAUAUAAUAUAUCCUCUGUUGUCUUCAAUGAGACUAGUCUGAAAAACGAAAAUUGUUCUCAGGAAAUGCUGCUUGGUCACCGUGUUCUCUUCAAUAAUCAAAUGAACGUCUCCUUGCGAUGUACAGUUCAUGGUUCUGAUAUGAACACACCAUUGUCUACAGAUUGUGAGAUUCCCGACAUUUCAACUGCAUUGGUGGUUGCUGUAAUGGAUACUUCGAGCCAUGUCAUUAUGAUACAAACAACGAUAGAAUUGUUGUGUCAUUUCAAUGUGAGCAGUUUUGAAUGGGAGGCUGUUCGGUUAGACUUUCAAAACGAAUCUUUAAUCUCUCAAACAAUCGUAAGCGUCACAAACAGCAGCAAAACCUCGAAUGAAAAUCGAAUAAAUGCGUCUUUGAGUGUAGAUUCGUAUUUCGUGAAUGUUUCCUUUGUCUUGGAUUUUGCAACUUCGAAGGAUGCUUGCUCUCUGUCCGGGAUGUACACAUGCUCCAUAGAUAUGGUAGACAAACACAUCGCUACAGAAAGCGCGAGCACAGUUUUGAACUUUUCAGCUCCCGUCUCUGAUAUAACUCUCCACCUUCGUCCUCAAUAUCAAUAUGGAACAGAUGAUUUCAUCAACUGUAGCGCAAAGACAAUGGAACCAUCAACAACUUCUCUGUCCCUGGAAGUUUGUCAUUCUGAUUCUACUUUUACUCCGAUUCAGGAUUUUCUGAAAACAUCUGCUUUUAAUGAGACUAGUCUGAAAAACGAAAAUUAUGUAGAUUUUACAAUUCCGACUUAA